AUGGCUUCCAAGAGAAUCUUGAAGGAAUUGAAGGAUUUGCAGAAGGACCCUCCUGCUUCCUGCAGUGCUGGGCCUGUUGGUGAAGAUAUGUUCCAUUGGCAAGCUACCAUUAUGGGCCCUGCAGACAGCCCGUUUUCCGGGGGUUUGUUUCUUGUCACUAUUCAUUUUCCUCCCGAUUACCCAUUUAAACCACCAAAGGUCUCUUUCAAAACUAAGGUUUACCAUCCGAAUAUCAACAGCAAUGGUAGCAUUUGCUUGGAUAUCCUCAAAGAGCAGUGGAGCCCUGCCCUUACCAUAUCCAAGGUGUUGCUUUCUAUCUGCUCGUUAUUGACCGACCCGAACCCAGAUGAUCCUCUAGUGCCCGAGAUAGCUCACACAUACAAAACGGAUAGAGCCAAGUAUGAAACAACUGCUCGUGCCUGGACUCAGAAGUAUGCUAUGGGCUAA